CUUUAAAACGUGUAUAUUUAAUCAAAAUUUAUCUACCAUUUUAAAACAAUUUCCAACCCAGGCUUAAUCCGUGCCAUAUCAGAUCUGACAAGUAUAAAAUCGUUGCGAAUUUCACAUUUUCACUCUAAUUUAAAAUAAUUUUAACCACCACGAUUUUUAAUUAUUUAAAGAUUUACUCUUAACAGCUUGAGAAUUGUUAAAACUGUAAGUACUGACAAAGUUUUUCUAUAAUUCGUUAACUUUUUUUUCACUAUAAACAUUGCUGUCAACCAUAAAAUUGCCCUUUCGUUGAGUUUGGCAAAAAGUACAUAGGUAACUUUUCAGAAAAUGUUAUAUUUUUUAAAACAUUUAAAGUGCUUUUUUUAAAAAUUUUGUUGCUAACUUUUUCUUAAAAAGACACUAAUUCAGUUUAGAAAUUUAAGCCUUCAUUUAGCAGCUAUCGGCCUUUUUUUGUAGGAAAGAAAUGCCCAAUUGGAAAAAAUUCUUGUACAACAUCAGCAAGUAUUACUUAUAUGAAGAUUCGCCUUUAAUUGAUGAUCUCUUGCAUGAUAUGGCCAACAAAAAGAUCAUUGCAGUAGAUGUGCAUCCAGGUGGUACUCAGUUUAAAUUAAUUGUACUUUUUGAAGAUGGAGGUCGAGCACUGUUCAAACCAAUGAGAUUUCCAAGGCAUGUCGAACGCAAUGAAAAUGUCUUGUAUUUAGCUGACUACGAACGACAUGUGAGUGAAAUUGCUGCAUUUCAUUUAGACAGGCUUUUAGGUUUUCGAAGAGUACCUCCAGUUGUUGGGAGAAAAAUAAAUAUUACUGGAGAGCUUUUACCAUUAGUUUUGGAUGAUAUCUAUAUGGUUGAUACAUUCUUUUACUCACCAGAUGGGAAUUAUUGUUUAGCAGGAAUAUGUAAAAUGUAUUGUAGCGAGCUGUUUAGUGGUUUUUGUGGAAAUCCUUAUAUGCUUGAAGGAAGUUUUGCAGUUUACAUACCACCUCUACCUGUUGAAUUGUUGGAACACAGAGAGGUGGAAAAUCCAUGGAGAAGAACAUACCAACUGAAUGUAAAAGCUGAGUGGGAAAAAGAUCCAUCUUUCUGCAAAAAUGUGAUCCAGCAUCUUCGUCCUUUCAAUGAGACCAGAAGGUUGUAUGAUGCCGUUGAUUGCGCAAUAUUUGAUUUUCUUAUAGGAAAUGAAAAUAGGGUGAAUUUUGACGAGUUUACAGUGUUUGGUGCUGACAACACUAAUACACUUAUACAUUUCGACAAUGGUCAAGGAUUUGGACGUUCGGAUCACGAUGAAUUAUCUAUACUAUCACCUUUAUCCCAAUGUUGCUUAGUGAGGUUGUCAACAUUCAACAGGCUUUACGAAUUAUACGUUGGAGAACGGCCGUUGAGUGAAUUAAUGAGAGAGAGUCUUGCCAAAGAUCCACUUUCUCCCAUACUGACUGAAAGCCACCUCGAAGCCUUGGACAGAAGAUUAGAAAAAGUUCUUGCCUUAAUCAGACUUUGUCUAAUAGGAAAUGGCGGACCAACUGUAUUUCAAGAUGAUGUAAUAUAAUAAAAUUUAUCAUUAAUAUAAAAAUAAAAGAAAUCGUCUAAA